AAAUCUGUGCUCUGUGUUAAUUACAAAAAAAAAGUGAAUUAGCGGAAAAUUAAUUAAAAAUCGGAAAAAGUGAAAAAUGAGUGUUUGUGGUGAAAAAAGUGUCAAUUAAUUUUGGAAGACGAUUUUUUGCGAUCACCAAAGCAGAUAUUAAGACAACUUUGUGGAUAUUCGAGCAGCAACUCACGAAACAUUCGAAAAAAAAAAUUAUAAUGAAUCGCAUCAAUACUAAUUAUACGAACAACAACAACAUCGUCAGCAAAACGAUGGAAACCAAUCAAGGCGGCAGCGCCCAGCAGACACGCAAACCGCGGCCAAAAUUAAAGGCAAUUAAUAAUUUCCUGAUGUGCAGCGUGUGCAAGGGAUACAUCAUCGAUGCGACAGCGAUAUCAGAUUGUUUGCAUUCCUUCUGUCGCUCCUGCAUCGUCAAACACUUUAGCGAACACACGUACUGCCCCAAAUGCAACUUGCAAAAUCUCUCCAAGGCCAGUUUGCGACCUGACGACAUCAUCAAUGCCCUCGUGUACAAAGUCGUGCCCGGAUUAUUCGCAUCCGAGGUGCAAAAGACGAAAAAAUUCAACAAAAUGAACAACAUUCAGACACCGAGUGACGAGGAAACCGCCAAUGCGGGUCAAUCUGGCAAACAACAUUUCUUCUCGCCCGACGAACCAAUCAGCCUGUCACUCACCUACCAUGCAGAAUCAUUAGUUGGGAGUGGAAUAGCACCACCAAUUAAUUAUUUACAAUGCCCAGCGGCAGUCACCGUGCAUCAUUUAAAGCGAUUUGUUUCGGCCAAGUACGGCAUCAAUGUGGACCGCGAUGUGAAUAUUGAAAUUAUAUGCGAAGACAGAGUAUUGACGGAAGAGUUUACGUUGAUGGAUGUGGCAUAUUGUUUCAAUUGGACAAGGGCUGCGCCCUUGCAACUCAUGUACCGCAUUUUCCUUCAACCGACCAACAAUGACGAGCAACAAGGACAAAAUGCCAAAGACAUUGCCUUACCCGUUGACUACAACAAUAAGUCGCAUUAUGACAGCCGUAAGCAAACAACUGAUAAAAGUGAUUUUUCAAACAAUGCCGAGAAUCGCUAUACAAACACGAUGAACGACAGUCGAAACAAUCACGGCAGUAGCAAUGGCAGAAGCUACGCGACAAAUGACGUGACAAAAGCGGCAGACGAUUCCCAGUUCCUAGUUCCCUCGACGGAUUUCAAGCGACUCCGAAGUUAUGGGUGUGCGAGUUCCGGAACGAAUCUUAGUUCACCGCCGAAAGAUUCGGCAACAAAGAAACAAACUAACGUUAGUACGAACAACAAAAGUGGAACCGUCACGCAUGAGGUAGCAAAACAAUCUGAAUACAACAACAAAACGUCGUCUUUACCGACGCAACAAACAGUGGCAUCAUCUACGACAGCAACAACAAAUUCUGUUGUUACAACAUCGCCCAAACAAUCAGCCGGCGAUGAAAAGUCAAAAGCCAAAGAAACGGGACAAAGUGCAAAGAAAGAAGCAAAAAAUCAAAAUAAUCCGACAAAAGAUGAGCUGAAAUUCCGUAUUGACGUUGACAAGAAAUGUUACACUAACACAAAGAAAAGUUCCUCGUCGCCAAAGAGCUCGUCGUCUGAAAACAAACCUGAGAUCCCCAAAUUGAGGAUAGAAUUACCGACGAUCAAGUCAAAGGACAAAGGCGAUUCCAAAACUGAAGGUACAAUGCCAAAACUUAUCUUGAAGCUCCCUUCUCCGAUUGAAAAGAGACCGAGUCCAAAUGCGAAUGUCGACGUUAAGGAAUACGCGAAAAAUAUUGGAUUAUUGCCCGUUUCUGAGCUACAAGAACGUAAAAAACGCGAAAGUGAUAGAAGCUCUGAUGAAUUAUCUCACAAAAAGCGUAAAAAGGCGAAACAUUCCAAAGAGCCAAAUAGUAAGAAACGCAAAAUUCAUGCCGAGGUUUCGUCUCUAACAUUAGACGAUGAAGUCAAGUUGAAAGUAAAGAUCAGUAAGCCACCAUCCAAGCAUGAAAAACGUCAUUCAGAACAAAGCCAGAAAUCGAAUGAGCAUCAUCAAUCAAACAAAAGCCCAAGCAAAGUCGAUACAAAUACAGACAAAACACCACCAACUAGUUCAAUUUUACGCACUGUGAGGCAUAAACCACAAGCACCGCAAGCAAUGGUUUUCAUCCCGAACAUGGACAAAAACAUUCCUGAGGAGCAAGAUAGCAUCUCGGAUAUCGUAAAACGUGUACAACAACCGAAUAAAUCGCCGGUUCAAUCUCCAAAACCGCCUCAAACGCCGCCAAAAAUUAAUAGUCCCGUACAACAAAUUCAGCAACAACAGCAUCGUGCAAGUCCCUUACAAAAAGCGGCGUCUCCUAUUCAUGCGAAUCAGAAUCAAAGACAAGAACAGAAACAACAACAACAACAGAAUAAAGUGCAAUCUCAGUUACAACAACAAAACAAACCGCAAAAUCCCAUGCAAAAGUCUAUGAGUCCCAUGGAAGCUUUCCAAAUGUUCCAAAAGGCACAACAGUUACAAGCUGCGGCAGCUAAUCAAAUGGUUCUCAUGCCUCCAUUCAAUCAAGCCUCCUUAUUUGAUAUUCGAAUGCAAAGAAUGAGCUCGCCAAGUAAUGCUGGAAGAGCUUUCAGUCCUCGACCAACAAGCACAAGUCCUUUAUCGCUCUCAAUGCCGCCAACAUCUCUCCCACAAAACCGACCAAAAUCCUUCGAAUUGCCAACUUUGUUCCCCAAUAAACAACCAACGCACGGCAUGAAACGCCCAGCUGGCUCUGAUACUCCCAUGCCGAUGCCCAAGACACCGCGUCACAUCAUGGACGACCAAAAGAGUGUUCGUAAGAACGUUUAUGCCCCCAUGAUGCCUCCAAUGAAGCCUGAACCUCGUCCCGUCAUGAGCAAACCUCCUACUCCCAAAUCUCCGCCAACAACGCCUCAGCAACAAAAAGGCAAUGAACAACAACAAAAGAAACCGUUGCCACGCUUGAUUGCUCCAUCAUCAAUUAGCGUGACACGCGUUGGCGAAUCCUCUCAAGUACCUGCUCCACAGUCGAAUCGUCCCGCCGUGGAAAUCCUCAAAAUUCCAUCAACCGUACCUGCAAUCGACCAAAAACAAUCCGCAAAGCCCGCACAAAAGACCACAAGACCACCACCGGGCACAAUUCCCUUGUUUAAGAUACAAAAGUCACUUCAAAUGGGUAAGGCAAUUGCUACAGCGGCUUCCGGUAAGCCACGUGCCGAAGGAGAUAAGGCACUGGAUUUGUCAUUAUCGCCAACUGGAGGUGCAAGCAGCAAGAAAAUUGAUCAAGUAAUCGACUUAACGGAUAGCAGCGAGACAACUAACGCAAAGAAACAACCGGAAGAACGACAAAAACCAACAUCAGCUACAAGUAACAAUAGUACAGCAGCUCCCAAAAGCACUAAUGGUACCAAUAAACCUGCGAAACCCAUGAUGCCUGGACUUACUGCACUUCAUCCCAAAAAUCAAGAAAUGUUAAAGAAUCGUGGAUUAAUGCGACAACAAAACUUGUCAGUGAGAAAUGUUCCAAAUCCCUCAAUCUUAGCGUUUAGAAAUCAGGGACAAUUACCGUCAUUAGCGAAAGUUGGAGCUAACAAUCCCUCGUCAAAAUUAAACGAAAAAGUGCAACAAUUGCACAACAUGAAGGAACAACAGCGACAACGCAUCGCACCCGAAGACUAGAAUUAACUUGAUAUUGCCUCGAAGGUACGUAAAAAUAUAAAUCUAGAGCUACUGUCAAAUAAAUAAAAUUAAAAAUGUCAUUAAAACAAUACUAAUAUGAUGAUGACUUGACUACAGAUACGCUGCAGGGCAUUAAAAAAUUGUAUAGAACUACGGAUAAAGUGACCCUUUUUACUUACUUUUCGUACGCAAUGUACACCGACACCUUCUCUAUACAAAACAUUUUUGAUGAUGAUGAAGGAAACGAAUACAAUAAAAUGAACAGUUUAGUCCCUUUUUAAGCACAUGCACGGAAGAACUACACAUGAGAGAGAUAUAAAAAAGCAUAAAUCUCCCCUUAAAUAUUUCUUCUGUCUUUAUUCUCGUUACAAACGUUUUAAAUGUUCUCUUCUGCUUUUGCACCAACCUGUGCCCGUUUGCGUCGACAUGAAAAUGCAAAUUUUAUUGCAAAAAUGUAUUUUUAAACAACGCACGUAGCCGUAGGUCCAUACCUCGAAUGUCGAAUCUACUAGUUGAAAAGCAACGAGCACGCUUCUGUCACAUUCGAUAGCGAUGCAUUGCUCAUACAAAUGAACAACUAACUUUUAUGAUGCAUUUAAAACAUCUUUAUUCCAUUUAUGGAGGUUGUUUUAAAAAUUUUUAAAUAAACCAUCGAAACAUUUGAAUGCAUCAUCAUCGUCAACGUUUUCUUAUCAAAACGAAGCAUCGCCGUAACAAAUAUUUUUAUCGAUAAAGCAAAAUCUUGUUUGUAGAAAAAAUUGAAAAAAAAACUUGAUAAAGAAAACGAGUUUCGUUGUUCAAGAUUUAUAUUUAUAAAUAA